AUGACUCGACUAAACCGGUCUAGACAUCCGGGUGACGUUUCGAACUUCGACGAGUACCGCCAACGUUUGCCAGACCAAUGGUGUCCAAUGGUAACCAUCGUUGGCUCCGUGUCGUCUCGUAAUAACGACAACUCCCUAGACCCUGCCCACGCUCGCCGCUUCGUGAUUGACACUUCCGUCUAUAACGCCUCUAACGCCGCACCGGUUCCAUAUUCUAUGGCCUGCUUCUUAGAGGAUUCUAAACGUUGGGCAAAGGUGAAGAUCCCUCACGUAGGAACAUUCAUCGCCCUUACCGCAAAGGUGGUGGGUCGUACGACUGACACGAACCUUCUGGCCCUCCGAAUCCUGGAUCUGGCCUAUUUACCAAAACUUGCGUCCGCCGGACUCACGACGACCCCGACCACUCCCUCACCGUCGAAACGACCAGGUCGUUGGGAGGGCCGGCCCACUCCAUCGACCCCUUCGAAAAGAUCGCGCCUUACGGGGCCGGUCGAUGAAAUACUAACGCCGUCGGACUCGAGCCUAUAUGACCUCUAUCUACCGCACCCAGACGGCACCGCAGACUCGCAAUCUACUCCUACUUCUCCCUCUACUACGGCACGCCCCGAAGGCUCCUCGAAUAUACCGGUUCUACCAUCGAACUUGAACAGCGGAUCUCGGCCACAUCGUAACCGUUAUCCUCCUAAAAAAUUGAGGUAG